GGAGGGGCGUUGAGCGGCAGUCAGUGUGUGCCAGUGAUGUGAAGUGAUGACUGCUGAGGGCUGCCGGCUUCUGGCCAUUCGUAGCCUAGGGUCGGGGGGGCUUUGCCCCCUGCCUCCCCCCGUACCGCCGAGGAGGCAAAGGGCCAUCGACAGGAUGUCCCGCAGAAGGCUUAUCAUGACGAGGGGAUCUUCUUUACCGAGGAGGCAAUUAGAUAAGGGAAGUGAUUUACUGGAAGAAGCUGUACAAUGCUCUAGCCCAAGUUCCUCUGGACUCAGAGACCUUGCUAGGUCACUGAAGAAUCAUCUUAGGGGUUUCAGCGACCGGCUUGAAGACACCAGAGAGCGGCUCGAAGAUACUUCUCGAUGUUUUUACCUUCUUGAUAGAGCCUAUGAAUGGGCUCUAGAAGCUAUGAAACAUAUGAGCCCAGUCAAAGGAGAAGAAUCUCUGUCUUCUGAAACCAACUUGAAGCAGCUCGAACAGUACCUGAUGGCACAUCCUCAACCAUCGUCAGAUCACUUUAAUGAAAUGAUAGCUCUAGCAACAAAACUUGAUAAUGAUAAGUUGCUUAAUCAAUGCAAGCUAGCACAAUGCAGAUGUGAAGACACUGCUGAACAGAUUAAAGCACUGCUUGGACCUGAGCCGCGAUGGCCUACUAGAAGGAAGUCUGCACCUUGUCGCGGAGAGAGUGAGGAAGAUGCAGAAUGGAAUGCAGAAAAAACCUGGCAUUAUACUAGUGAUGAAGAAGAAGAUAAACUAACUUCUUCAGCAGACAAUACAACUGAAGGGUCAGAGAGUUGUCCAAAAGGUUGUGAAGACAUUGACGAAAGUGAUGCUUGUUGUGGAAAAGCUGUCAGCCCAAUACCAGUUAAUAGUCAUCUUCAUACAGACCUUUCUGUGGAAGUAGAUGGUCAAGGUGGAACCCAAACGCUAAAAACUAAAAAGACAAUGUUACUUAUAAUGAAAGAAAUGAUACAAACAGAGAGGGAUUAUGUCAGAUCUCUUCAGUAUGUCAUAGAGAAUUACAUACCAGAAUUAGUCAGAGAUGACAUCCCUCAAGCUCUGAGAGGACAGAGAAAUGUCAUUUUUGGAAAUAUUGAAAAGAUAUUUGAAUUCCACAGCCAUUACUUUUUACAAGAGCUUGAAAAAUGUGAGCAGAAUCCUCUUCAAGUGGGCCAAUGUUUCCUCAGACAUGAAAAGAAAUUUUAUCUUUAUGCACUUUAUAAUAAGAACAAACCAAAAUCAGAUGCUCUUAUGUCCGAGUAUGGAACAACUUUUUUUAAGACUAAACAAGUUGAAUUGGGUGACAAAAUGGACCUUGCAAGUUACCUUUUAAAACCAGUACAGAGAAUGGGAAAAUAUGCAUUACUAUUGCAACAGUUAAUGAAAGCAUCAAGACAAGAUGUCUUACAGCUGAAAGAUGCUGAAAACAUGGUUCGCUUUCAGUUAAGGCAUGGCAAUGAUCUGCUUGCUAUGGAUUCUUUGAGAGACUGUGAUGUUAAUGUUAAAGAGCAAGGUAGACUUCUUAGGCAAAAUGAAUUUCUUGUCUGGCAAGGAAAGGGAACAAAAAAAUAUUACAGACAUGUGUUCCUAUUUGAAGAACUUAUACUUUUCAGUAAAGCAAGGAGGUUCCCCGAUAAUAAGAAUCUCGAUCUUUACAUCUAUAAACAUAGUAUAAAAACGAGUGACAUUGGUUUAACAGCCAAAGUCGGUGACAGUAGCACCAAAUUUGAAAUAUGGUUUAGAAAAAGGAAGCCAAAUGACACUUUUACCUUGCAAGCCAUUUCUGAAGAAAUAAAGCAAUCUUGGACAGAAGAGUUGUCCAAUUUAUUAUGGAAACAAGCAUUAAGGAACCGAGAAGUGAGGUUAGCAGAGAUGUCUUCAAUGGGUAUUGGAAACAAGCCAUGUCUUGAUAUUCGUCCAAGUGCUAAUCAGAUUUGUGACAGGUCCAUUAGCAUCGCUCAACUUACAAAAACGGCUCCAAGGUUCCGCAAUUCUAUUGCGGUUUCACCAGUGGAACAAGUCCGAAAGAGGCCACACUCAAUUAUUUCCGUUACUAGCAGCAGUAGUACCAGCAGCACGAGUAGCACCAGUAGUACAAGCAGUGCUAGAUGUGAUCGUAGAGAAUCGAGCCAAUGUUCUUCAGGAGAAAGUGGAAUAGUUUCAGACUGGAAUACCUCUAGCUCAAUAACGUCAGAUUCACCGCAACACCACACGCAGCUAUCGGUUAAGCUGUAGUGACUGAAUAUAUUAUGUAAAUAUGUUCUAAAAUGUCAGUGUAUUAUAUUUUUCAUUAAGAAGGAUAUUUAUUAACGGGGGAAAAGUGAUCACAUGACAAGCGUCCAAAAGUUUUCCUCAGGCAAUUAUUGUGGCUUCUAUAAGCUUUAAAUGUAAUGUCAUAAUUUAUCUUGAUAGAAUAACUUAUUUUUUAAUACUUCACUAUCUUAUCUUUCAAAAGCCAUAUUUUUAUGUGUUUUUUUCGUUAUUUAGAUAGUAAAACAAUUUUUUAACUGAGAUGUCUAUACUUGUUUUAUACCAAAUUGUUUAUUAUACCAUAACAAUUAGUAUGUUUUAACAUAUUAAUUUACUGUAGUUAGCCAAAGUUCUUCUGCCAUAUGUGUACUAUGUAUAAAUAAUUGUAUUGUUUAAUUAUAGAUGUAAAAUUAGUUUAUUUUAAAUUUGUAAAUAUAGUUGAUAAGUUAUUGUAAAAUAGAUUAUGUGAAAUAGAAAUUAGCCUACAGAUUUGAGUUUCUUUAAGAAACUAACCAAGUUUUACACAUUUAUAAACAAACAAAAAUAAUAAAUUAUAGUUUUAUAUUAAAAUUUUAGCUGAUCAUUUCCAGAAUUUCUUAACGUUGAGAACGUUACUAAUUUUAUUAUUCAGAAAAAUGAGUGAAUUAGUGCAAGAAUGUAUAUCUGCAAGACUGACAAAUGUGUUAUGAGUCGCAUACUGCCAUAUCACUUAAAAUGUUUUAAAAAACGAAGGCAUGAAGAUUUAACUUUUUUUAAAAUCCUGUUAAUAGAAUAUUAAUUAUAAAAUUUUUAUGGGUAAUCGUUGAAAAUGUAGAAGGUGCUAAAUGCAGAGUGUUUAUAUUUGUAAAUGAAUCUAAUAUUUAUAUUGAUAUAUGUUUCACAUACUUUACGAACUGCUAACCUACACUUAAUUCACUAGCAUUAACUUUUAUGUAACAUUAGACAUAAUUGUAAUUAACAUCUUUAGAACAAUUCAUUUUUAUUUUUAUUAUCUAUGCGAAUCAUCAGAUUGAAUUGAUAGUUCCAAGAAAUCUUUAUAUCAUAAAAUUACAUUUUAAAUCAUGUAGACAGUUAAAUGCUUCAUUUAUUGAUUCAGUUUCCAUUUCAAAUAAUUUAAUUCAAAUAAAAUAAUCAAAUUGUAUUUUUAGUUGUUAGUAGAUUAUUGAUUUCAAUGGACCAUUAAUAGAGUACAAGUAAUAUUAUAAUUAUUUAUGUGUCAAAUAUACAAAUAUUUCUUUACAGCCUUUUAUUGAUAAUUGAUAUUUCGUGUAAAACGGAGAGCAAAGCAAAAACACUGUUUUAAAAUAAAAAUUCAGUUGUAGUCAUUAAUGGUGUAUCCUAAGUAUCACUCCUAAACAUGGCAUAUUUUCA